GUAUAGACUGUAAUGUUAUUGAAUAGAGUUUUUAACAUUAAAAUUCACAUACGAUUCGAAUGAUUUUUUUCGGAUAUCGAAUAGAAUCGAAUCGAAUGCAUACUUAAUGUUAUUAUAGGCACUAUUUAUAUGACUGUAGUGUGUAUUGAGUGAUGUAAUCAUUAUUAUUAUAGACAUCACUUGCAAACUGAAAGUGUGUUUCAAUUAAUUGUUUUGUAAUUUGGGUUUAGAUUUGUGUUUUCAAAACAAACAAAUUUUAAUUCAAUUUUUUUUCGGCAAUUAAAUCGGUGACCAACCGAUUGGUCAAUGAAUAUGUUACGAGCGGCUGCUCAACGACUCGCCCGAGAUUUAACAACACAAACAUCGCAUUCAACGCCAGAUUUAUCCCAAACUAAACGUCUGUAUCACCAAAAGGUUAUCGAUCACUACGAAAAUCCCCGUAACGUCGGCUCAUUUGACAAAAGCGAAGAACGGGUUGGCACUGGUCUGGUCGGUGCACCAGCUUGUGGUGAUGUUAUGAAAUUGCAGAUCAAAGUGGAUGAAAACGGUAAAAUAGUUGACGCCAGGUUCAAGACGUUCGGGUGCGGAUCGGCCAUUGCCAGCAGUUCAUUGGCCACCGAAUGGGUCAAAGGCAAGACCAUUGAUGAAGCGUUGAAAAUCAAGAACACAGUAAUUGCUAAAGAGUUAAGUUUACCGCCGGUUAAGUUGCACUGUUCGAUGCUGGCCGAGGACGCCAUUAAGGCCGCACUGGCCGACUAUAAGAUUAAACAGAGUUCACUGGACGAAGCAAAGAGUGGUCGACAACAAGAAAACAAGUCGUCGACACAGUCUUCGGCUUAAGAUUAGUCAAUACAGUGAGUGUACGGCUCGGUGUUUAAGUGGCCGAUUGAUUGACUGAUUAUUUUUUUGUGUAAAUUAUAGUUUUAAUAGUUUGUGAACU